AGCGCACCCAAGAUGAGUACGACGCUCGCGAGCACCUCGACACGUGCGGCUGUCGCCCGGGCAUGCGCCUCGGCAUCGUCCUCGGCGUCCCCUUCGUCGUCGGCUUCGUCAUCGUCGGCAUCGUCGUCGCGGAUGCUGAGCACGACGGCGCCGCUGCGCGCAAAGCCACGACGGGCACGGCAGAUGAACGACCCGUUUGCGCUGCGCAACAUGGGCAAGUUUAACUACGACGAUAUCCCCACCCUCGGCCACCUCGUGCUGGACCGCCAGCGCGAGCUGCUGGGCUAUGCGCGCGUGGCGCACCACGAGAUGCCCAAGCUGCUCGAGCUGAGGCGGCCGUACGAGCCAAAGCGCGAGCUGCUCCGCUUCCGUCUCGUCCACUUACAGGGCGAGGCGCACCCCAUGACAGCAAAGGCCGUCAUGACUGUCUCGGUCGCGGAUCUCUUUGAGCACCUUGCAGGCCAGGGCAAGCUGCGCGACGCCGACGCCAGGCGCAAGUUCCUGCUCCUCGCUGGUCCGCGGUGGGAUGCGGGACACGUCAAGCACGGCGUCGAGGAGGCUGAAAAAGAGGCGUUGCAAAAGGGCGUGGGCGAGAUCAAGAUCAGCUCAGAGAGAUUCCAGGUACAGGCGCAGAAUGUCAAGUGGUGCAGCGAUGCGCUUGAUCGCAUGAUCGAAGAGGCUUCGAGCAAUUCGGCAGAGUUCAAGGAUGUCGCAAUCGACUUCCGGCCGACGCUGGUCCGGGAAGCGAAACGCAAGGGAUUCGAGCGAAGAGCCGCACCCUCUAUCAAGGAUUUCCCGCAGGAGUGGCUGUAAUAGAGCAGAAGAAUUCAUGGAUUCCGUAGCAUAACGAUAGCGUCUCGGCGUGAGAAAUCUUAAACACCAAAG